GGAGGUGGAGACGGACGAAAAGGAAGAAGAAGACAAAGAAGAGGAGUCGACGGUGCGCGAUCUCUUCACCCGCGGGUCGAUACGCGCGCGUCGUUUCAUUUUUACCGGUCGAUCCGAGUGCUGUGACGGAAGAGCGCGGGGUUUCGUCGAAACGCCGUUCCGUUCCCUCCGGUUCGAUUAAUUCGAGCGAUUCGGAGGCGAACGAGGAACCGCGCGCGAGGGACAGACGCGAAAGGGUGGAAGCUCUCGCCGGGGAAAAGGUGAAUAGAGAAGGCUGCCGUUCGCGGAGCAGCGAAUAGGUUGGUCGGGCACACCUGGCUGGCGUCGACGAGAUAAGCAGAGGCGCGCGAAGCGCGAGUAAGCCGUGAAGCGCGAGCUGGCUCGCGAUGGAACUCGGAGGUUCGGUGACGGUACCUUGGUCGAUCGGGAAGCCCCCGCAGUUACCCGCGUUCGCAGUUGUGCCGCACAUUUGUCCGAGCAGUGGGCUGCCUCGGUGAAACCGCGGUGUAACGCGACAACACAACGCGGAACAACGAGAAAAUUGUCGUACCUACCUAUUCCGUUCGCCAUACAAUAGCUGUGUGCAAGUGAUAUAUAUAUAUAUAUAUCGUCUGUUUCGGAGUGCGUGUGUACACAGAGGAGGAGUGCGUCGACACCCUGGCCGAGAGGGUCGUUGAUCGGUGUCGAGGAUAAAAUCGACGAAAGGCGAUCGAUAGGGGAAAAUAGAUCGCGAAGUGCGCGGGGGCCGGCUCUGUCCAUGGUAUCGCCGUUGCCGUGUAUGGUGCACCAAGGGAAACGGCCAAAGAAGCACGGCGCGUUGUGUUUGGAUACUUGACGCAGCUCGCUACUGCGCGUCGCGAAAACAUCGGUGUCGCAGAGAAAUGGGAAACCACCCGUCCGCCCACCAGCCGCUCGAAAGAGCCACCAGUCAUGCUGGGAACGGUCUUCGCCUCUCGAAGCGAGAGAGGUCGCCUGGGAAAAGAAUGGAUCGACUACGGCGGAGCUUUCGAGACAGCUUUCGGCGACGGAAAGAUUCCCACGUGCCGGAAUCGAGCAAACCCCACCAAUGGCAAGCAGACGAGACGGCUGUCCGUUCGGCUACUUGCGCCUUCCAUGUUAAGUACCUGGGAUGUGUAGAAGUGUUCGAGUCAAGGGGUAUGCAAGUAUGCGAGGAAGCUUUAAAAGUACUUAGAAAUUCGAGACGAAGGCCGGUUCGCGCGGUGCUGCACGUGUCAGGGGACGGUCUGAGGGUCGUCGAGGACGAGACGAAAGGGCUGAUCGUCGACCAGACGAUAGAGAAGGUCUCGUUUUGCGCUCCGGAUCGAAACCACGAGAAAGGAUUCAGCUACAUUUGCAGGGACGGUACUACAAGACGGUGGAUGUGCCACGGUUUUCUCGCGCUGAAGGAGUCGGGUGAACGUCUGAGUCAUGCGGUGGGCUGCGCCUUUGCCGCCUGUUUGGAACGAAAGCAGAGAAGGGACAAGGAGUGCGGCGUCACGAUGACGUUCGAUUCGAAGACCUCGACCUUCACGAGGAGCGGAAGCUUCAGGCAACCGAGCCUCACCGAACGGCUGCAGGACUCGCGCGAGAGAGCCGUCGACGUACCCCCGUUGAAGCAAGUCUACAACCCCUUCGCCAUCGAGAGACCGCACGCCACUCCGUCGAUGCUCGAACGACAAGGUUCCUUCCGCGGUUUCACGCAACUGAAUCAAGCUUCUCCGUUCAAAAGGCAGCUCAGUUUGCGGGUGAACGAUCUUCCUAGCAACCUUGAACGGGCGCGUAGCCACAGCCUCGAGCCGACGGACCUGGCGCGGCUACCGUCGGCCAUGUCCCACAUCGUCCCGUUAAAGCCACCAGAAUUCGAAGGAUAUGACGAAGUCAGUCCGAUACCGGAGAUAUCGCCCGUGGGCCAGGACAGCGUUUCGGCGAUGUGCCAGCAGAUUUCGCGGGGUCUCUCUCUCCUGACGAACAUCGACGAGUUCGGACCGCUUCCCACCCAGAGCACAGCGUGCUCCGUUGCCAAACAGCUCUUCAUCAGCACUUCUACCAGUAACACUCCGCCAGUAACGAGCAGCAGUUCCCUGGACGAGAUGAAGUUACAGAACGAACCGAGCCUGAACAACAACAACAACAAUAACAACAACAACGACAAAAACGACGAUCUCAGCAACCUGAACCACGUCGGGACCACCUGGCAAGAGUCACCGUCGCCGGUUCUGAACCACAGGUUAACACCGAUCCUGAGCAAAACUUCCAACCUCAGCCCCAUCCUUCCAAGAACGAGCACAGCGACGCCGAGCGCGAUGAACGCUCCGGCAGCUAGCACGGUCGGCGUCUUCGGCACACCGCCGUCAGCUAGUCCAGCCUUCAGCACAGCGUCCACGUCCUCUUUGGGGAACACGUCGACGCCGGCCGUCAACAGGUCACCGAUCCCGAAGACCGCGUCUCCGACCACCAGCGUCGCUUCCGCCUCCCCGGCUCCGUCCGGCAGUUUGACCAGCGACGUAAGCCAGACCAGUCAGAUCUCGGCAGUGAAUCCGAUUUCCACCACGGCGGUUCAACCGGUCUCGACGACGUCAGCUUUGCCGAAGCCGGACCAAUGGCUGGGUAGCAUAACGAGCUCGGUGCCGCCAACCACGCGGUCCACGCAAGAGCGUGGACAAGGACAAACGAGUCCUCGGCGAGCGCCGCCGUUGCACGCGAGAGCGUUGUCGCUAGGAUCGGCGGCGAUGAGCCAACCCAGCAGAACAGGACCAUCGGACCCAUUCGACGCCGAGUGGGCGGAAAUCGCGGCGAGGAAUCUGCGACAAUCGAGUGCCACGAAUCCUUUCAUCGUGCCGAACGCGACGCAGGCGUUCCAGGUGCAAUUGUAGCGCCAGGAGUUAAUCAACAGCGUCGUCAAGUACUUUCAUUCGGGCACAUAGUAACGACUUGCCCGAUCGCGUACGGAUCUCUCGCGCGAUUAACCUGGAGUAUUACGCGCGAGGGUAGCCCGAGUAAAGGAGGAAGGAUCCCGCCGGGAGUCCGGAUAGAGCGAGAUCGAUCGCCAGGAUCGAUCAGAAAUCGCCGAGCCGCGCAGAGAGAAGGAAGGACGCAUCGAUCUCGAUGAGGGAAGAUAGUUAGAGUAGCAACGAGGACGACGAACCAAGCACAAAACACGUAUUCGUAAAACAUUCUUCUAGACGAGUAGAUCACGCACACAGCCUCGACGACCUCGGUUUCGAUGUAAACGCUAGGAGUGUACGGAGAACGGAGGGACCAUGCCCGUUUGGUCACCGCUUUACGCAACGCGAGACGAUGAUCCGUGUAACCAUGGUUUCAUACCAUGACGUCGCUCUGACGUCGUUACUAUUACCUAAAUGUCUAUCACGAGAUACUUGAUAAGUCGCGAGACACGCUGGUCUCGACUACAUUAAUAGUUUAGACUCCCAGAAAACGGUUACCCGUCGUACCGCAUGAACACGCAAAAUUAAACACGCACCCAGAGUUACGCUGCACCACGUUGUUUCGUCGAGAACGAUAAAAUCAACAAAAAAGACAAAAAAAAGAAAAGAAAAGAAAACGCAUAAACCAUAUAAGAGAUACAAAACCUAGCAUAGUUUCGGCUUCGUGGCGAGAAAACUAUUUUCCUGUUGAGGCGGCUAACAGCCGCGUGACACUUGCGAAGAGACGCGAACGAACGUUCCGCCGAUCGUCGUCGAACAUUAGGAAUUAAUCGGAGGCGGGGAGCGGUAGCUAGACUUUCGGAUAGACAACCAGCGAGGCCGACGACGAGCUCGCCGAAAGGUAGGACUCGUCGCGGAGGACUGUGAUAGACAUCGAGUCGUGGCCAGUACUUAAUCGUGGCAACGGAAUCGGGCGGCUGUUGCGGAUUUGUUGCUCCGGGCGACCAUGCCUAGAACCACGGGACUAGUCGCCUAGAUCGCGUUGGAUUUCCUAGCCAGCAGAAUAUGAAACUACACCUAGUUAAACUUAAGCGAAUUAGAUAUCGAAGUUGUUAGAAGUCAGUACGUUCCAAGCUAUUGUUGUCUAAUAUCGAGUCGCGAAUCGCCUUUAUCGCUAGGCCACGACCAACGUCGUAGGCCAACGUUUCGCUCGACGAUCCUGCGUGCGCAAAUAGGACACAAACAAGGUGCUUCCGCCGAGGACUAAACGACGCUCGGGAGAGUUGUCUCGCGAGACCCAAACGAGGGCAACGAUGCACGAGAAAAACGUUAGCGUUCUUGCAUGUAUUUGCUCGAUGGAAUAUAACGAGGUUUUUUCCAAGACUAUAAAUAACUAGAGCGCUGAAACACUUUUCCUCGAGGUUUGCGCACACCUCUUCGAGACUACGCGACACUCCGUGGACCUGAGAGAAUCCGAGGUAGAGAAGAAAUUUCUGUACCCGACAGUUUGUUUCGGUCGUUCGAACGAACGAUCAAAUUCGGUGCGGUUUUGUUCGUUGCUGCUGCUGCUGCUGCUGCUGCUGCUGCUACGUACGCUCGAGUCUCGAAGCGAGGAUCGAACUGCUUCCUCGUGUAUACAUAUCAAAUAGGCGAUUAAAGCGCAGCCUUUCGCGAUCAGCGCAGUUCGUUGCUAUGCAGUUCGCGUUCCGUGUCUUCGAUCGAAUCAUCUCCUUUUGUUGCGACAGCUUAGCGUGGCUCGAGUACCUCACUAUAUUCCUUCCAUCAAGUACAAACUGUGUUACCGAUUGUUAUAGUGUAUAUCACUUGUUAAAAUUCCCUUCGACCGAGAGCGAUUCGGGGAGCUAUGGACCCGACAGGCUUUUGGGUUUCCGAGCUCCUGACUCGGUAGACUCCCGAGCUUUCGUGGACCUGCGACUCGCUGCUCUCGCUCCCAGGGACUCGAGGGCGCUUUCCACGUCCGCGUAGCACUCAAUUAGGGAUUAAUAUCGCGUUGCAAAACUUUUACCGUUCGGUUGACCGAUACAUUCUCAGUUUCUUGAAACGAAUCGGCGGUCGAGCCCUUACCGUACGCUCCCCGGUGAAACGUUCGCAAGUUUCGCGACUCCGUUCUUGGAUGUUCCAGUAGCCAGCUGAGCAAUUUCUCAAUUCGUUCAGAAGUUUGCGCGGGUUCUUUUCGAGAGGAAAGCAGCAAACGCGCUAUACGAGAUUCUUCGAAUCGUACAAUGCUCGACCGGGUGCUGAAAACGACCGCGCAAGCUUAUCCUUGACGGACGCAGUUUCUCGCGAUUAGAUACCGAUUAUCGUUUGUAAAUAAUUGUACGAAAUCAGUUACUUUAUCGCGACCUCUAUUCCAGAAGAAACGUCUCGCUUCAUGUGCCUUAGUGUAAACGUAGGUUAAGCUCUGGAGCUAAUGUUGGACUAAACUGGCUUACACACGAACUUCAUUUAUCUUGUCCGAACUGUAGACGCCACCUGCGAAUCGGGUCCCAUGCAUUUCAUUGCGUUCCGUGCUCCCGUUCGACCAAUUUUUCGUGCAAAUUCAUCGAUGAGACGGGUGUCGGCGUACGGUAAGGGUGUGAAUUACGAGAGGGUAGUCGCCAUUAUCGAAGCAGGAGAAUUUCAUCGCGAAACGUGGAAGAGAGGAAGAAAGCGCGCGCGAGAGAAAGAGAAAGAGAGAGAGAGAGAGAGAAAGAAAGAGAGAGAGAGAAAGGGUACAUGUUCGAUCGUCAACUUUGACGAUUCGCGUAUGUGCAUUGUACAUAAUGUAGUUAUUUAAAUUGUAACGGAAGAGUUGGGAGGAGGGGGGGGGGUGAGUACGAAUAAAUCGUGGAGAAAAUGAGAGAAAGCGUGAAUGGACGACCGUGUAUGCGUGCGAGCAAAGUUUCUCGACGAACCGGGACAAGAGGGCAAAUGAUGUUCUUCGUUGCCGACAUUUUCUUUUUUACGUUACGAUCUGUAAGUUAUCUUGUAUAUAGUUCUCGAUAGGCGUUACUUAGCACAAAAGAAUCGUUGCUUCUAUGUACGUUCAACAGUUCGACGAUGGCCACUACUUCGAGGGGGGGGAUCGGUUGCCCGGCGAAUAACGGAACGCGUGUCCUUUGGCGAGGUUUGCACUCGAUCCGAGUCGACUCGAAUCGAAUCGAAUCGAGUCGAGUCGAGUCACCUUCUGUCCGUCCCGCAAAUCAAAAAAACAAAUACCGCCGAAACCAAACUCUACGUCGGAGCAGCGGAACAAUCUUGGUCGAAUCGAUGUACUUAAAAACGAACGCGGACAGUUUGGCCGACUGACUCCGGACACGGUUUGUCCACUUUAGCGUCGCGUUAUCGCGAUUCCGCGACGUCGCGCUUGCCAGAGACAAAGGGGAGCGGUGUUGGACUCGCCGGGAUUUCGGGGUAUGCUAAAACGCGACGCUAAGGGUAGAGAGAAGCUACCGAUCGACGAGGACUUCCUUCGAUUUUCUUCGAUGAUCACACGGGAAAGAUAGAUUGUCGAUCGGUUGCGCAGGUUCUCUCGCUGUGCUUUAAUCUGCUGAACUGUGCGAUGUUCGACUUGUUUCUUUUGAUUUACUUUGGAUGUCGUAGACAUCGCGCAGCUUCGCUCUAAUUGAGAACUCGGGGAAAGAGGGACCGGUGGCGAGUGUACAAAAUACAACGCAGUGAUUCAUUAUUAUAACACUAUCGCCUAAGUACUUACUUUUCUUUUUGUUCUGCCGUCUUCUUUUUAUACAUCCUUUUUUUUAUAUCUCGAUGUACUUAUUAAUUAUUCGUUCGAGUUCACUUUCGUUAGAAUCGAAGUCAGAAACAGGGGUAGAAAGAUAGUGAAAGAGAAAUAGAGAUAAAGAGAGAGAAAGAGAGAGAGAGAGAGAGAGAGAGAGAGAGUGCGUGAAAGAUGGAAGGAGAAGCAUAUCCUGACUGGUUUCCGUUUCUCAUGGAGCUGAAAGUAAUCAAAAUAAUUAGUCGACUUCGAGAUUGAGAAUAAUUUGAUUCCGAUGCAAAGAAGAAUUGGUGUCCGUGGAAGAGACAUUCCAGUGUCUCGUUCGAAACGCGAGAAAGACUAUAGAGAGCAUUUAGGAUUCGUUUUCACUCGGAGGUACACGCAGGGACACUGGAAUAGAGGAUGCGGGUGCACCGCGUGCCAAAUUGAAACGUACAACCGCGUUGCCUGCAAAUUUCGACGGUAUAUCGUGCACGCUUCCGUGGUUGUGUUGUAUAUAGCGUCGCCGAUCGAUUCCUAGAUCAAUGUACGACUGCGUGUAUAUUACGUGAAAGUAUCCCUAUUCGUUUUACAAUGUAUCUGCCUCUGUAAAGAUACAAUUUAUUAUAAUAUCUGUUGUGAUUACCAAA